AUGACCACGGUGGAGCUCACGUUCUUCUACCGCCAUUGCACCCCCAGCCCUGGCCUAGAAAAGGAGCCCAAAUUGAGGUCAAGGGCACUGCAGGCGCGGAAGGCGCAGCCCGGGCACAGACCUCGCGGCCGGUUUCUUUCCCGGGGCUGGCAGAGCCGCACCAGGCCUAGCCCCCUAUUCCGCGCGCCUCCCUGCCGCGGGAGCACGCCUCCUUCCGCCUGCGCCGAAAGGGGCGGGCCUGGGGAGGGCUCCGCAGUGCCCAGGCCAGUGCUCCCGCCGCGGGCAGUGAAGAUGGCUCGGCUCCUCCUCCAAGGACUGUCCAGGCUGCGCUGGAGGGAGCUGCCUUCAGGGCCGGUGCAGCGUGGCGCCGGAGUCUGCCUCGGCCCGAGGAGAGCCGGCCACCAAGACGUCGGAUCUUUCAAGAAGCAUGGUGAGCCAGCCACUGACUGGAAAAAGAAAUUGACUCCAGAACAGUACUACGUCACUAGAGAAAAGGGAACGGAACUGCCCUUCAGUGGAGUGCUAUUGAAUAAUACAGAGUCAGGAAUAUAUCACUGUGUUUGCUGUGAUAGCCCACUGUUUAGUUCUGAAAAAAAAUUCUGCUCAGGUACCGGAUGGCCUUCAUUCACCGAGGCUCAUGGCACAUCUGGCUCAGAUGAAAGUAAAAGCAAUAUCCUGAGGCGACCUGACUACUCCCUGGGAUCAGCUCGAGUAGAGGUUGUUUGCAAACAGUGUGAAGCUCACUUAGGCCAUGUGUUUCCAGAUGGGCCUGAACCUACUGGACAGAGAUUUUGCAUCAACAGUGUGGCACUGACAUUUAAACCAAGUUUAAACUGAUCUCAAAAUCUGAAGAGGCGAAACAUGGUUUAGGGGAAGGAAUACUGCAUUCAAUGUCUGGAGAAUUGAAGGUUCAAAUCUUAAUCAGAGGCAAAUAAAUCCCAAAACUUUCCUGAGCUUCAGUCUCUUCGUCUAUAAAAUGGAAGUGAUAGUUCCUGUACUACCUAUCUUCAGUGUGAAAUUACAGUGACAUAUUUUUAAGUAAAGUUCUUUGUAAGUUUUAAAAGGCUACAUAAAUGUUAACUCUUUUAAAUAAUUUUCUUAAUAGUAAAUAAAUGAAAAAUCAUUAAGUAAUUUAAAAUUUUA